UCGAGAUCGGAAUCGGGACCGAAACCGGGAUCGGGACCGGGACCGCCGCCAUGGCCCAGCUCCGCCUCACCGACUUCUUCGGCCAGACAAAAGCGACCACCGGAGCCCCGGCCAAGCGCAGCGGCGGCCGCGGGCUCAAGGCCGCCCUCGGCGGUCCCCCGGUGCACCGGGAGGAGGAGAAGGAGGAGGAUGGUGCCCCGGCGGGGCUCAGCGCCCGCUCGCUGCCGCUGCCCGGCCCCCUGCGCACCCCGGCCCGCGGGGGCUCCCCGGCGCUGCGGGGCCUGGCGGGCAGGAAGCGGAGCCGCCGGGAGAUGGAAGCGGAGUCGCCGCUCGGGGCCCGGCUCGGGGAACCGAGCGGGAAAUCGGCGCGCAAGAGGCUGGAGCUGCCCCGGGAUGCGGAGCCGGGGUCCCCGGGAGCGGCCACCAGCUCCUCUCCUCUGGCCACUCCUGGACCCCCAACACCCCUCUCACGGGACCUGGCAGUGUCCCCCCCGGCCACCACCAGCGUCCCCCCCGGCCGUGGGCAGGACACGGGGACACAGGGGACAGGCAGGCGCCUGCAGCGGGAGGACGUGGCCGAGCUGCGGGGCCGCCUGCAGAGGAUGAAGGUGCCGGGCCCGGUGCCCUCUGUGCCCAGCGGGACCAGCAGGGACCUGCGGAGCCGCCUGGAGCGCGUGCGGCAGCUGGAGCUGCGCGUCCGGCAGAGGAGAGCGGCCGGCGGGGACACCGGGGCCGGCGGGGACACCAGGGAGAUGGCUCCCAGGGACACCGGGGAGGCAGCUCCCGAGGGAGAGACCGGCCAGAAGCCCCCGGCGUACCAGCGGUUCCACACGCUGGCCCAGGACCUGCCCCCGGGGCUGACGCUGCCCUACAAGUUCCGGGUGCUGGCAGAGAUGUUCCGCAGCGUGGACACCGUCACCGGGAUGCUCUUCAACCGCGCCGAGACCGUCACCUUUGCCAAGGUCAAGCGCAGCGUGCAGGACAUGAUGCGCAGGCAGUUCGAAGAGCGGCACUUGGGGCAGAUCAAGGCCGUGUAUCCCAGCUCGUACCGGCUGCGCCAGGAGAAGAACGUCCCCACCUUCGGCAGCGGUGGGAAGAAGUCAGAGUAUCAGCUCACGCUGGAGCCGCUGCUGGGGGAAGAGGAGAAGGUGAAUGGGCGCCCACACCUGUCGGCGUCACGGCUGCUGGAGCGCCGGAGGGAAUUCCACCGCAACCUGGUGAACAUCGUCAGGGAGCACCACAAGGCAUUCCUGGCUGCUCUCAGCCCUCCCAUGGUGGUGCCAGAGGAGAAGCUGACCCGGUGGCAUCCCCGCUUCAACGUGGAUGAGGUGCCCGACAUCGCCCCCGCGGAGCUGCCGCAGCCGCCGCAGGAGGACAGGCUGAGCACGGCCCAGGAGGUGCUGAGCACGGCCCGGGGGAUGCUGAGCCCCAAGAUGGAAAAAGCUCUUGCCAACCUGGCCCUGAGAACAGCCGGAGCCAGUGCGGAGGAACCGACGCCUUCCCCAGCCCCGGCCCCUGCCAGCACCCCCAGCGCGCUCAAAGGGGUGUCCCAGGGGCUGCUGGACCGCGUGCGGGCGAAGGAGGCGCGGCGGCUGCAGGCGCUGCUGACGCGGGACGCGGCGCAGGAGCGGCGCGCGGCGCGGCUGGCGCGGCUGCCGGCCAUGGCGCGCGUCCUGCGCGGCGUCUUCGUGGCCGAGAAGAAGCCGGCGCUGGCCAUGGAGCUGCUCUGUGCCCGCCUGGCCGACAGCUGCCCCGAGCUGGUGGCGCCCGGUGAGAUGGAGGAACACGUGCGGCUCCUGGCGGAGCUGCUGCCCGACUGGGUGGGCAUCCACGCCCUCAGGACGGACACCUACGUCAAGCUGGACAAGGAGAAGGACCUGGGCCUCGUCACCGAGAGGCUCAACAGGGCGGCCAAAGAGGCUGGAGCUCUCUGAGCCCUGCAAGGGUUGAGGGUUUUUUUCUGUGCAAUCUCCUGGAAAUGUAGCAAAUCCCCACAGCGCUCUGGGUGCUGGGGUGGGCUGGAGGGAGGCUCGUCCUCGGGGGGCUGAGGAAGGGCAAAAUGCCUUAAUUUAACUAAUCCUGUGGUGGGAUCCGUGGGGGUUGUAGGUCCCUUAGUCCUUGAGCAAUCCCAUGUCCUGGGGUGGUGAUGAAAGCGACCUUAACCUGAGGAACCUUUUCCUCUCCUUUCCCGUGUUCUCCUGAAGGUUCAAUUUUGGAGGUUUCUUCCAUUAACUGGGUCCUGGUGGGGUGAAGGCAGCACAGGGCAGGCUGAGAGGGUUGACAAGCAGGAAGGAGCAAGAGAAAAAGUCACAAAUCGAUGUUUUUGGAGCUUCAGGCCUCGUUCUGUUUUUAAGGGAGGGAAAAUGCAUCUUCCAGUCCUCGCUGGAAACAACUGCAGGACUUGUCAAAACAUAUUUGUAUUAAAUGUUUUAAAUAUAGUUGACUUGUG